UUUUUAACUAGACGGUAACAGGUUGGACGUGAAAUCAUUCAGUUUGGUUUGUCCGCGGGGAUCAAACAACUAUGGGUCCGAUCGAAUUAAUUUUUAUUGUAACUGCCCUUUUCGGAUUUUUGAUUUAUGUAUUUUUGGUGUAUAACUUCAAUUAUUGGAAGAAACGUGGUGUCGAUGGACCGAAACCCAGACCGCUUUUCGGGAACUUCCCUAGCAUUCUUUCUCAAUCGCGUCAUUUAACUUACGAUGUAGACGAUAUCUACCGUGGAUACAAAUCGAAGGAACGAUUUGUAGGUAUUUUUGCUUUACGAUCUCCCCAGCUUUUAGUGCUUGAUCCGAAGCUGGCCCAAGAAAUUCUAGUCUCCAACUUCAAAAGCUUCCACGAUAAUGAGUUUGGAAGAAUGGUUCAUAAAGAUCUGGAUCCAGUUUUGUCACGGAACCCUUUUAUGCUUACUGGCUCCGAAUGGAAGGAUAAGCGAGCAGAAGUUACACCAGCUUUAACAACCCUUCGAAUUAAAGCCAGUUAUCCAGUGAUGCAGGAAGUUUGUGCUAAGAUGACUAAAUAUUUGGAAUUAGAAACGCUGAAACCGAUCGAGGGCGGCUUAAAUGCUAAAGAGUUGGCAACGAGAUUUACUACAGAGGUUGUAGCCAAUUGCGUUUAUGGUGUCGAAGCCGGGGCAUUUGAAGAUGGCGAGUGCAAGAUCCGAGAAAUGGGAGCUAAACUAAUGAGUCAAUCACUUUCGAUCCAACUUUACUUCCUGUUCGUAUCAUUAUUUCCUAGGAUGACGAAUAUUUGCAGAAUGCGAAUGGUGACACAUGAUACUGAAAGGUUUUUUGCCGAUUUAAUGGAGACAGCAAUUCGAUUGAGAAAGGAGACCAAGAGUGACCGGGUUGAUUUUCUCAACUAUCUGUUGCAACUGCAGGAAAAGAAGAAUCUAUCGACUCUCGAAAUGGCUGCACAUACAAUGACAUUCUUUUUGGAUGGAUUCGAAACUUCAAGCGUUUUAAUAUCGAACUGCCUACAUUUGUUAGCGGAGCAUCGGGACAUUCAACAGAAACUUCGGGAUGAGAUAAAUGCUGCGGUUGCCUCUGAGGGAGGUCUCUCAUAUGAAAAAUUACUUGAUUUGCCCUACUUAGAACAGUGUAUUAACGAAACUCUUCGUCUUCGAACUCCCCUUCCAAGCAACACUAAGCUUUGUACGGAAAACUGUGAAAUCAGAACUAGCAAGGACAAAAUUAUACAGUUGGAAAAGGGCACUGUGGUUUCAAUUCCAUAUUAUUCGUUUCAUCAUGAUUCUGAUUAUUAUCCCGAUCCAGAAAAGUUCGAUCCGGAACGAUUUAGUCCUGAAAACGGAGGAGUGAAGAAGUAUAAAGAUAUGGGUGUUUUCCUACCAUUUGGAGAUGGACCACGAAUUUGUUUAGGUAUGAGAUUUGCGCAGUGUCAAUCAAAAGCUGCUAUUGCUGAAAUUAUUCGAAAUUGGGAAAUAGCAGUCGAUCCCCAAACAAAAUCUGAAUUUGUCAUUGACCCGAAACAAUUUCUGUGCCUUCCCGAGGGAGGUACUUGGUUAGAUUUCCGGCGGAUCGUUAAUUGAAAACUUCACUAGAAGUUUACAUAAAUAAAACAAAAGAAUAUGCACAAAAUCUUGACAACGUGUUGCCUCUUUGAAUUACUGGAAUGGAAAUCUGAAGUAGGACAGGAAUCAUUCUAAGAGACCACUUAAGGACAAUAAAGAUACCUCCGUUUAAAAUCAAAACUGAAAACACAUCUAAUACCGAUCUUUGUUUAAAUAAAGUUGAUAAUAAUCUA